CCGCUCGCCUCUGUUUCCUGUCCCGCUUCUCCUUUUCCUUCCCAAAGUUUGGGCAGAGCCCAUGGCCGCGGCGGCAGCUCCGCUCCAGUCCGGGCAGCGCAGCCCCGUUCAGCGGCCGCUCUCGGGUGCAGGUGCCGGGGGGGGUCAGGACUUCAAGCUGCACCAGCCCCAGGACAAGGUGUCGGUGACAGUGGGGAAGACGCUCACCCUGAGCUGCACCGUGUCUGGAUCCAGCGAACCUGGUCCUGUGAAGUGGCUGAAGGGCUGGGGCAGUGGGAACAGGACCAUCUAUGAGGACACGGGCUCUGCUCCCCGUGUGAUGAGAGCGGUGAAUGGGUCAGACACAGACUUCAGCAUCCACAUCAGGGAUGUUCAGCCCGAGGAUGUCGGCACCUAUUACUGCGUGAAGUUCACCAAGUUGCUGGGCGGUGGGGACGUGGUGUUUCGGCGUGGAACUGGCACAGAGGUGUCUGUGCUUGAGGCAGCCGUGGUUCCCGGCAUGGUGGCUGCAGUUGUGGUGCUCUGCUUCCUCCUUGUCCUCGGCCUCCUCGCCGCCCUUUGCCUGUACAGGAGGAAGCGCCAAGGUGGGGUGGGCAGCCCGUGCCCAGCAGGGCCAGCAGCUGUGGGCAGCUUCCCACCCGCCCCUCUGCAGUGCUGUGCAGGGACCCCCAGCACCUGCAGUGAAGUUCUGGAUGCAGAGAGCUCCCACCUGCCCAGCCAGCAGGGCAGCAAGGAGGAGAACGACAUCCACUACGCCGACCUGCAGGCCCUGCCCACGGCCCCCCGGCGCGGCAGGACCGCGGGCACAGCCUGCACGGAGUACGCCAGCCUCAGGGUAGCUGCCAAAUGACGCGUGGCACCACGGCCUGUGCGGCCAAGCCGUGGUGGGGAGGAAGCAGGGAUGUUCCUGCAGGGCACAGUAAAGAAGAAGUGGAGCUGUUUACGUGGCGCACCCCGGCCUCAGCUCAGCACGCCGUUCUCGGAGCCAAGCUUCCUCCUCUUUAUUCCUGUCUCAGGGCUGGACCUGCUGUGCCAGUGCUGGGCAGCAGCUCUCCCAGGACCCAGCAGCCACCUCAACCAUAGGAUCAGGCCACGAGGCCAAGCACCUCUGCAUUGUGCAAGCUGUUUGGUGCUGAUGACGCCAGGGGGGCCUCAUGCUUGCCUGUGCCCACCAGCAUAGGCCUCCACUGGCCCUUUCCCGGCUCACAGGUCCAUAAUUUGUGUUAUCUUGUCACCACCCUCAUUAAAGCCAUCAAACAAC